AUGUGCACCGUCAAAGCGCAGUUCCAGCUUAGGACUCUGGAUGAUGACUAUCCACCAGAUGUGGUUGUAUGCAGCAAGAAGGCAGCAAACACCCUUAUGUACGCUAUCAGCAAGACUGAAAACCUGAGAUGGACUGGGUCUCACAUGCCAUCACUGGCAGACGGUCGCGAGGCCAUACCUUUUAUGCGCAGCUCAGGGACUUCAAGCUCUGACCAACUGCAUUUUGUUGUGCACUCAGAACACUUGUUCCCCGACACAUCUGAACAGACUCGUGAUUUAGUGUCAGAAUUCUCACUUGAAGACUUCGAAAAUACUGACUUCACUUUUACGGGAGGUAUCAAUGAGUGGAAGCUUAAGGACAUGCCGGACCCGCAAGGGCACUACUGCACGGCAAUUAAUCUCUUCAACCUCGAAGACAUUCCAGUGGUGGUCCCCAACAUUCAGGACACGCAUGGAGUUCUCAUCCACCCCUUGGAAUACUCCGUGAAGAUCAAGACGGCCGUGCCAGUGGCAGUCGAAAUUGUGUUGCGUCUGUGGACCUUUGGGAUUGACGACAAACACCCAACAGGUUCACGUAUUUACCAGACGGCUCUCAAGUCAAUGAAACUCCUGCCCACCAGCGGGGCAGCUAAGUCUCUCUUCACCAAAGCCACAGCUGCAGAUCCAAAGGGGAAGUGCAAGGCCCCCGAUGCGCCCCCACCGGAAGCAUCUCCCUUGAAGAGAAGCACACGCAAGUAA